AUGUCAGCUCUCGCACAUUUGCCCUUCUCCUUUCCCACUGAGCUGACCUCGCCUCAACCCUACAACAUCUCUGUCAACAAAGACUUUAUCCAACAGACUCAAGCCAAGGUUAAAACAUGGCGUUCACCUGUUAGCCUGUUUUCCAACUGGACAAUCGAGGGCCCUGAUACAAACCAAAUCGACGAUGUUGCCCAAUACUGGGCCAACGAGUAUGAUUGGUUUUCUGUUCAAGGUCGACUCAAUAAUGAGGGCCAUCAUUAUGCGACUUCAGUCUCAAGCGACGGGAACUACACGGCUCCUGUUCCGCUCCAUUUUGUUCACCGAGAGUCCAGUCAAGCUGACGCUGUCCCUCUACUUCUCCUUCAUGGGUGGCCUUCAACACAUCUAGAGUGGUCUAAAGUCAUCGAACCUCUUGUAACUGACGCUGAUACACCCUUCCACAUUGUCGCACCCGAUCUACCAGGCUUUGGCUUCAGUCCUGCUCCUACUCAGCCCGGACUUAAUCCUCGUGAAAACGGACGGGUCAUGGAUGGCCUUAUGAAACAGCUCGGGUACUCCAGAUACGGAAUCGUCAGCACUGAUUUGGGUUGGCAAGUUGCUAUGUGGAUGGUUGGAGAUGCAGAGUCAAGCAUCAUCGGACACAUGACAGAUUUCUUCCCCACCCAGCCAACCGACGAUGACUUGGAGCGUUUAGCUCGAAAUGAGACUACUGAAGAAGAGACGGCUUACAUUGUGUCUUCCAAUGCAUGGUAUUAUUCUCACUCGGCAUAUUCAACCGUUCAUACCCAAAAGCCUUUGGCCGUUUCCCUUGCCUUUAGCGAUAGUCCCGUUGGCUUUCUCGGCUGGGUGUGGGAUCUCAUGUAUGCGGUGUCUGAUGGCUACAAGUAUAGUUACGAGGAACUUAUCACCGACACUCUGAUGCUCUUCAUUCCUGGCCCGUACAACAACAUUCGAGCGUAUCUAGAGGCAUACAGUGUCCCCACUGGCGUUUCGGAGUGGGCCUUUACCAAUGGACCGUUCCCUGAAGUUGUCGCUUCUGCUUCGUCGCCUCGAAGCUGGAUCGAGAGAACCGCAAAUGUCGUGUAUUUCAACCGACAUGAUUUUGGAGGUCACUUCCCUGCUGUAUCUCAGCCAAAGGAAUGGCUUCAGGACGUUCGAAAAUUCUUCUCGGGACUUAAUUAA